AUGGCUGACGCUAGUAAGACGAUAGUAAAAGAAUCAGAUUUUGAAAUCAACGAUGGUAACGAUGCAAGCUCUGCCGGUUCUGCAACAGAAGCUGGCAUGGUGGCGAGAUUAAACCAAGAAUACCUAAAACCCAAUGUCGGGUUGAUAUUUCUGAUAGUAUCACAGCUGUUCAAUUCACUAAUGGUUGUUUCUACCAAGGUGUUAGAGCUGGAUAGGGAAGGUUUAGAACCAGAUGAACCAUCAAUUCAACCACUUCAAAUCCUACUUGUGAGAAUGAUUAUUACAUAUAUUGGUACUCUGAUAUACAUGAAGAUCAAUAGCUCGAGUAUAGAAUAUGUACCUUUUGGGAAUCCAGCUGUGCGUCCAUGGUUGAUUAUGAGAGGAGCCAUGGGCUUUUUCGGUGUCUUUGGAAUGUAUUUCUCUCUGAUGUACUUGACGAUUAGUGACGCCGUACUCAUAACCUUCUUAGCACCCUCUGUUACAAUUAUUCUGGCGUGGAUUAUACUUAGAGAGAGUUUUAGUAAAGCAGAAGGUAUCGGCUCGUUUGUUUCGCUAGCAGGUGUAGUGUUAAUCGUUAGACCAACUUUCUUAUUUGGCAACCCAACUACAUCAGAUGGAGAUAUUGAUGAGACUACAGACCCUCAUAAGAGACUUAUUGCAACACUGGUAGCACUUUGGGGUGUGGUUGGAAUAAGUAGUGUGUGGAUUAUUAUCCGAUACAUAGGCAAGAGAGCACAUGCCAUAAUAAACGUUAGUUAUUUUUCAUUAAUCACUGGACUAAUUGCACUGUUUGGUAUUCUAUUUGUGCCAUCUGUACAUUUUCAAACACCAAGGACUCUAAAACAGUGGCUUCUUUUCGCUAACUUAGGGAUUUGUGGGUUCUGUCACCAGCUCUUGCUGACGAUAGGUAUACAGAAGGAACGAGCCGGUAGAGGGACGCUGAUGUCAUAUACAAAUCUGAUAUACGCAGUGUUUUGGGAUGUUCUCCUAUUCGGUCACUGGCCGAGUUUCUGGUCUAUAUGUGGUAUGAUCCUCAUCACAGGCAGUACCCUCUACAUAGUCAAGAUGAAAGCCAACGAUGCCAAACCUCAGGCUGUAAACAACAACUCCAUACAGACCGAGUUUGACUUGGAAGACUUGAGUUCGGUUAGAUAG